AUGCUGUGGAAGUUCUCGUUCUCGGGCAGCGUGUCGACGCUCGACACGCUGCUCUCGCGCGAGUCGCCCCCGAGCGUCGAGGAGCUCUUAGACGAGCAGGACAUUCUCGCCGAGUGCAAGGCGCAGAACAACAACGUCAAGUCUCUCCUCGGCUGGGUCACGAGUGGGCUCGACGAGCUCGACCAGCAGGCCGAGAAGGCCGAGGACGAGGCGUACGCCAAGGCCCUGGCGAGUCCGGACGCGUACCCGCCAUACAAGAAGUUGGGCAAUGAGCAGGGCUCAGCGCCGAAAACGCCCACGCCGCCCGAGUCCCCCUCCUCACCCUCGCGAGUACCCUCCGGGAUUGGGCUCGGCGAGGGCCUCGGCGGACAAGAAGAGACUGACAAGGAAAGGUAUCCCUCGAUCGCGGCCGAGAUCCUCACGUCCGAGCUGUGGACGAUCCCAGAGACAAUCAUGAACCACAAGGACACACUGCUGCGGCCGUUUUGGGACCAGGUCGUGCUCCCCCUCGAAGCGCACCCGCGCCCGAUCCGCGAGCGUACUGAGCGCGAGCGCGCGCGGCUAGCGUACUGGACCGAGGACGACGAGGAGCGCGAGCGCAAGCGCGAGGUCAUCCGCGGCAUGUGGAUGCGCAUGAUCCGGUUCAUCCAAUCGAUACCCGAUGUGAUUGAGCGGAUGAUUGCGCGCAUCGAGAGCCCCGCGAUCCAGGACAUGCUCGCACGCAUCAUCCAGAGCGAAGAGGCCGGCGUUAGCGACGUCAUGUCGUGGCUCGGCGAGCAGCGCCUCGUGCCCCGGUUACUGGCGCUGCUGUCGCCAGAGUACCCCUCGUCGGUGCACGCGAUCGCGGCGGAUCUGCUCAAGGGCAUCAUCUCUGUGUCGGCGCCCAACUCGUCCUUCAACCCCUCGGGGGGGAACGCCAUGGACCAGCAAGGCGGGCUCCAGACGGGCGGUACACGCGACAACCGGCUAGUGCGCGAGCUCACGAACAAGGAGAGCAUCGAGACGCUUGUCGGAUACCUCCUCAAUCCCGUUCAGCUGACAGAUGCGGACUGGAAGGGCAUCAACGGCGACGGGCCGGGCACGAACCGCGCCGACCCGUUCAUCAUCCAGCCCCUGCCCUCGGUGGCCAGCGCGACGUCCUCGCUCUGCAACGUGUGCAACGUCAUUGUCGAGGUGAUCCGGCGGAACAACUCGGACCUCGCUGAGCCGUACCUGUUCAACACGAUGCGGAACCGGCUCAUGGCGAUCCAGAGCGAGCAGAUGCAGGGCGGCGACGUGGCGCCCGACGAGGAGCCGUCGGACAAGACGAGCGCCGAGCGCGAGGACGAGUCGCGGGACAAGAUGGAGGCGGCGCUGCCCGGGCUCGCGGACCGGCUAGCGAUCGUGCACCUCGGCAACCUCGUCGCGGCCAUCGCCGACCGGUUCGGGGACCUGAACCAGAUCCUCUCGGCGCCUCGCUCCCAGGAUCGCGUCAAGAGCGACCUGACCCCCAAGCCGCUGACGAUGGAGCGCUUCCGCGUCAUUGAGCUGUAUGCCGAGCUGCUGCAUAGCAGCAACAUGGCGACGCUGAACCGCGUCCAGGGCAGCGGGCCGGAUUACUCUGCCGACGGGGCGCUGACGGGCGGUCUCGAUGGACUCGACAAGCUCGGCCACGCGCUCCAUACCGGCGAAGGAGGGGAGGACGACGAGGGUUCGCCCUCCCCCGUCGCCGAGGUCAGCCCCGCGCGCGAGCUGCCCGUCUCCUCGGGCUCAACGGAUUACUCGCUCACGGAGAGCGACGACGUGCCGCUAUCGGACGACGAUGACAAGAGCGGCAAGGACAAGAAGGACGAGGGCAAGGAGGCCUCCAAGCCGAGCGCCGCUACCGCGGCCAGCGCCAAGCUCGAGGAACUCAUCCCGCCCCCGUCCGCGGCCGACGCCGAACGACUCCGCAACGUGAUGCUUGCGCCCGAUGCGCCCGUCUCUGAGACGCCGGUCUCGCACAAGUCCGAAGCCGGCGACGCCGGGGAUGCCGAGGACAAGGCAACCGCCAAGGCGUCUUCGCCGACCGAGACGUCUGCGGUAGGGGGCACGUCUCCCCCCGGCCCGCUCUCGACGGGCGAGCGCCUCAAGCAGCAAUUCAUCUCGUACGGCGUGCUCACGAGCCUGUUGGAUCUGUUUUUCGAGUACUCGCAGAACAACUUCCUGCAUCACCUCGUGUACGACAUCCUGCAGCAGAUCCUGAACGGCAACGUCUCCAAGGGCAAGAACCGGGAUUUGGUCAUUGAUCUGUUUGUGCGCGCGCGCCUCGUCGACCGCGUCCUGGCCGCACAGCGCAUGAAUGACGACACGGUGGCGGCCUCCAAGCCGCGGCUGGCGUACAUGGGCCACAUCUCACUGAUUGCCGAGGAAGUCGUGCGGUUCCUCGAGAAAUGCCCCGCAGACCUGAAAGCGGCGAUCCAGCCCUCCUUCUCCGAAGAUGCUUGGGACGCCUUUGUGGCGGGCUCGCUGCGCGAGACGCGGGAUCGCGACAAUGCGCCGCUCGCGGGCGGGAAACCCGGUCCAGGCCUCGGCAGCGGGAUGAGCGGCACGAGCGAGCGGAGCGACAGCGAGAGCGACGACGACGACUCGGGACCGACGAUUGGGGAGCCCCUCUCGCGGUCGAUUGGGAAGCAGAACGACGCGUACCAUGACUCGAACGAGGAUGAUGGCAGCAUGGACCAGUUCUGGCCGCCGCGCAAUGCGCGCUCCGUCGGCAUGGACAGUAGUGAUGAUGACGACGAUGAUGCCGACUGGCUGCGUCCUGGGUCCCGUGAUGCCGACGAUGACUUUGGUAGCACAUCCAGCACCAACGACCUCGAUGACGACGAUGCGUGGGGCGCCUUCACGUCCGUCAACACGUCUGACAGUUCGAACCCCUUCUCCGACGACGCCUUCACGCCCACCACCUCAGCAUCCGACUCGUACCGCGCCGCCGAGCCCCUGACCCCGCGCGACUGGGCCGAAGCCUUCGACCGCGAGUUUGACAACAGCCACGACACAGCCGAAUCUUCGUCUGAGGAGACUCCCCGCCCGACACCCGAGAACCCCCUCGUCCUCCCCCCCGGUCCUUCCCCGCCGACCCCUCCAGUGCCUCUUCAGCCUCGGACCUGCCCCCCACCAGCGUUUCUGACGCCCUCACCCCCGCCGACAUAA